AUGACUUACCUGUCCACCCAAACUUUGGAGCUCUACUCACUUUUCGACACCAAACUCAUCGGAAAGACCAUCGCCUCAAACACUAUAAUUUGUGUGAAUAGCGAUGAAAAUGUGGACACAAUUAGCGUUCACAUCAAAAACGGCUUAAUUAAUGGAAAACGACAGACAUAUGAGGGCCGGGAUUUAGACGUGUUUUUAGGCAUUCCUUAUGCACAGCCGCCUAUCGGAGACUUACGGUUCAAAAAGCCCUUACCGUUGGACCGCAAAUGGGAACAACCAUUGGAUGCCCAACACUGGCCACCGGCUCAACCCCAAAUCUACCGGUGCUCUCAAACCUGUCAUGUUUUGGAUACACGGAGGGGGACUCAUAAUAGGGGCUCAUCGGUCGAGAAGUUUUACUCGGGGGAAGUCCUAUCAGCACUGGGAGACGUAGUCGUAGUCACCAUUAACUACAGACUCAACGUAUUUGGACUCUUAUAUACCGGCGCUGAGGGUCCGGCGCCGGGAAAUAUGGCUCUUUGGGAUCAGUCGGUGGCACUCGAGUGGGUCGUCGACAACAUCCGCUACUUCGGUGGCGAUCCCCAGAGGGUAACACUAUUUGGCGAGAGUUCGGGUGCCAUAUCGACAUCCCUGCACACCCUGUCCCCCAUCACACGAAACCUAUUCACUAACGCUAUCGUAAUGUCCGGAUCAGCGCUGAACGCCUUCAUCACAACCCCGGACCUCAUGGAAGGGCAAUGGCUUCGGAGCGCCGGUAGUAUCGGAUGUGACACUCAGGGGAACGGGAGGUUUACGCCGGAAAUAAUUGCGUGUUUAAUGAGUAAAACACCGGAAGAGCUGAUGGCGUAUAUGCAGGGAUUCAGUGACAUGUCGGCGCUCACGUCACUCGUAAUCGACGGCCAAUUCAUACCCGACAGCCCCCGGGAAAUGCUAGCGUCGGGUGAUUACAGGAAAGGUAUGCACCUAUUGAUCGGUACUACCGGUGAUGAGGGCUCGCAACUGCUGAACAUGUUUAGCCCUAUUAAGUACCAUAAGGUUAGGCCUAAAAAUAUGUCCCUGAGCGAAUUGGCCGGGGAUUUCAGGGAAUUCCUAACAGCCUUUUCACUCGAUAUUAAUACGGAUGAAGUGAUAAAAUUUUAUUUCAACGGUCUGUCCGAUGAGCAGCACCCGGAUGUGUUGCGCAGACACGUGGGUCAGGCCUUUGGAGACUUUAUAUUAGGCUGUCCCACAUUAUUAUACGCAAAGGCGGUCUAUAAGGGUGAUCCCACAGCUAAUGUAUAUCAGUAUCAUUUUACGGCUAAAUUAGGCGAACCCAAGCUAUUCUGUUCAGAGUGGGCCGGUAGCUGUCAUUUCGAUGACAUAUACCCCGUGUUUGGACAGCCAUUCCUCAAUUACGACAGAUAUGUAGAGAGAGAGAGCGCGAGAUCUCCCGACAAAUGA